AUUGGCCGCGCUCCGCACUCUCUCCGCGUGACGUCAUCAUCACAACAAAGUGCCAUGACAGCCUGCGGUGGAGCGGCGGAUCGGCUGAGGAGUGAAACCGAGGUUAUUAUCCAAAACGCAGAGCGCCGUUCGUCUACCGGUGAUACCGAUCUCCUGAGUUUGUAAGCUGCCGGGGCGUUCGUCCACCUGCCCGCCAGCGAGCCGGAGACACGGGGAACAGGAUCGGGAAGCAGCGCGGAGCGGGCGCCGCGGAGAGAGUGGAGAAGAUGUCGGCCAGCCCUGAGAAGAGCUCCACAGCCCAGGAGCUCAAGGAGCAGGGGAACCGCCUCUUCCUCUGCCGCAAGUACCAGGAGGCGGCCACCUGCUACAGCAAGGCUAUCAACCGCAACCCGUCUGUGGCGGUGUACUACACCAACCGCGCGCUGUGCCACGUCAAGCUCCAGCAGCACGACAAGGCGCUGGCCGACUGCAAGCACGCCCUGGAGCUGGACGGCCAGUCGGUCAAGGCCCACUUCUUCCUUGGCCAGUGCCACCUGGAGCUGGAGAACUACGACGAGGCCAUCGGGAACCUGCAGCGAGCGUACAACCUGGCCAAGGAGCAGAGGCUGAACUUUGGCGACGACAUCCCCAGCGCUCUGCGCAUGGCCAAGAAGAAGCGCUGGAACAGCAUCGAGGAGAAGCGCAUCCACCAGGAGAACGAGCUGCACGCCUAUCUCUCCAAGCUGAUCCUGGCCGAGAAGGAGAGGGAGCUGGAGGACUGCAGAGAGAAAGAGGACGACAAUCAGAACGGCAGUGACAUCAUGAAGAUAACAUCCCAGAAUGACAAGUAUCUGAUGGACAUGGACGAGCUCUUCUCUCAAGUGGACGAGAAGAGAAAAAAGAGGGAGAUCCCAGACUACCUGUGUGGGAAGAUCAGCUUUGAGCUGAUGAGGGAGCCAUGCAUUACGCCCAGCGGCAUCACCUACGACCGCAAGGACAUCGAGGAACACCUGCAGAGGGUGGGUCACUUCGACCCGGUGACCCGGAGUCCUCUGACCCAGGAUCAGCUGAUCCCCAACCUGGCCAUGAAGGAGGUGAUCGAUGCCUUCAUCCAGGAAAACGGCUGGGUAGAGGACUACUGAGCCUGGACACUUCUCCUACUCACCCUCCAGACCCUCUCCUUCCCCCUCCCUCCUACUCUGCUCCUUCUCUUUACCCCUCCUCCUUACUGAGAGAAGAGGCCAGACACCUCCUCAUCUUCCUCAUCUUCCUCACCCAUUCUACAAAGGGCGCCUGCCCUGGCAGGCUCUUUCUUUCUCUGUCUCUCUCCCUCUCACUCUUUCUCUCUAUGUAUCCCGGUGUGUGUCUCUCUCUCUCUCUCUCCCUGUGUGUCCGUCUGUCCUAGGCUGUCCUUCCAAGCCCCACGCUUCACCUCUGCAUUCCUGUCCUCCCCUCACAUUCCCUCGCUCUCUCUCUCCAACUCUCUCCUGUGUAUGAAGUCUCUCAGGUCUCUCCAUCCCUCCAUCACUCUCUCCACUGUGCCUCGUUCACCCUCUCUCUUUGUCUCUCACCCCUUACUCCCCCUCUGUCGUCGUGUCUAUGAGCUAAACAUGUCUACAAUCACAACAGACAAUUCCAACACCAACUGAGUGGAUUAAGUCUUUAAGAAAAUAUCCACUCUGUCUCUCUCUCUGUCUCUCUGUCUCUCUCUCUGUCUCUCUUUCUGUCUGGCUCUCUCUCUCUCUCUCUCUCUCUCUGUCUCUGUCUCUGUCUCUGUCUCUCUCCCUCUCUCUCUAGUGCCACAGUCUUCUGAGUCAUCAGCGCUGCACGUCUGUGUUUGUCCUCACAAUGGUGAUAAAAACACUCAUACAUUUUAAUAUUUUACUAGAAGGGUCGAACUAUCACGCGGCCGUCUCCCACUCUGCUCCAGUAUUCCCUGGCUGAUAUCGGUUCUUACGACUGUGAAUCAAACAUUAAUUAAUUGUGUUUGAUCCUAACAAUAUGGUCUUGCCAAGGUGAACGUCGCAGACGAAACAAACCCGUUUCUCAACAGAAAUCCUUGUUUUAAGGCGGGUUCCAUGGUUUACUACGCAUGGAUCGCAUGGACUCUGCCACAUGGUCUGAUUAGAUCCUGGUAGUCCUGCGCCUGGGGCCCCGGUACUGGCGGCAGACCGGCCCCCGGCGGACUGGCCACACGUUGAAUGUAUGCUAGCUAGCUAAAGCGCUAUGGAGGAGGGUCACAUCCUGUUGCUGCGGGGCUGUUUCACAGAAGGAGCGUUGGAAGAUAAGAGUAGACCGAGGUGGGCUGCUUCUCUGAUGUCGUGAAACCCCGAGGUGAACUGAAACAUGAUCCUCUGAAGGGUUAGAAGAUGUGUCCUUGGUUUUAUCUGGGCCCUUGUGGCUUCUCCCAUCAAAGUUUUUUUCAGGCGGACCUCAACUGACUACAUAAUACCCAUGAUGGGAGGGACAGAAGCCUCGCUCUUCUCUCCGAGCCCAGAAGAAACUGGUUCUCCCUGUGUCGUCACAAUCAGCCACAAGAUGGUCACCUCAUAUCCUUCAUCACCCUCCCCUCCCAUAAUCUCUUGCUGUGACUCCGAUGCUGAAUGCAGGACUCCCUCCCUGGGCAAACACCCUCUUACUCUUCAGCUGGGUGGGGGUCUGGGGAGCCCGGGAACUCCGCAAUGCAACCACAGAUGUUAAUGGUUUUUAGCCCACCCCCCCAAAAAAAUCAUCCCACCCAUCUUAGAAGUGCUGGAGUUGUUUACAAUCCGUUGCGUCCCUACCUUGGAUACACUGCGGAGGUAAUCUGUGUGAAAUUUGGAAAGCAUAAAUAUAUAUUUUAAGUUAAGCACUCGUGAGUUUACAGGUAAUUGUCCUCGAAGCUUCUCGGCUGAUGGUGUGUGUGUGUGUGUGUGUGUGUGUGUGUGUGUGUGUGUGUGUGUGUGUGUGUGUGUGUGUGUGUGUGUGUGUGUGUGUGUGUGUGUGUGUGUGUGUGUGUGUGUGUGUGUGUGUGUGUGGUGUGUUUGGCCCACUGACUUCUGGGGUACCCCCCCCCCCACCCCUACACACACACCUUCCCCUCCCCGCUGGUGUAAAUAAGUGCUUGAUCUUGUUCGGACUGUAAUCUCUCUUACUGCUUUUCUUCUUCUUUCGUUCUCUGUUCCUUGGUUUCUGUACGGCUCUCUCUGCGUUUGAGGAACCUGUAUUAAAUGUAGAUAUGUUGAUAACA